AUGCACGGCGGCCGCUGCUGCUGUCCAGCCAGCUGCGCGCUCAAUGCUGCUCAGCCCUUCACUCUGUGGCUCAUAGCAAGCCUUGUGGUCUCAGUGCUGUCAUGGAGGGCGCGGCUGCUGCUAGCAGAGGCCGAGUGCGCGUGCAGGCGCUCCUCUGGAAGGCGCAGUGCAGCUGCAUCGGUGAUGCAGAGGGAUUUUUGGCGCAGGCAGCGGGGGAGUGAGAGGGGUUGCGAAAGCGUUGCGCAUGCGGCAACACCGGGGGGCGCCGGGGAAACCCGGGGGACCAGCGGUGGUGAUGACUUGCAAGCCGAUGGGUGGCAGCCGGGAGCCGGCGUGCGGCCGACUCCGCAGCAGGAGCUUCUUCUGCUUAAGCUGCUAUCCUCACCAACUCACAAGGAGGUGCUCAAGAAGAAAAUUGUGAUGAUAGCAAUAGGCCUGCACGUGGAUGUGACGCCCGUGCUGGAGCAGCAAGGCCUUAGCCUAAAGUGGCUGGAGGAUGUACCAGAUCCCUCUGCCAUUCUGAAUGACAUUCAGGCCUAUGACCACCCCCUGGAAGAAUUCUGGGACAACCUGUCCACCCUCUUCGAGGACGGCGUGAAAGGGCGGCGGAAGUUUCUGGAGCAGCCGGCGGCGGCGGCCAAGAAGGGAUUUGGCGGGGGGUCUGCCAACAGUGGCGGCGGCAAGGGCCGCAAGACCAAACCACGCAAGACCAAGUCCAUUCGGGUGCUCGCUGCCGAGCUGGCGGCAAAGCAGGAGCUCAGGCGGCGACAGCAGGCGGCAGCACAGGCCGCAGCCGAGGACACCAUACUGGCAAAACUGAUGGAGGAUUGGACUGAGGCGGAGAAGGAGGCCUAUUGGAGCGGCGUGCAACAUUGGGACGUGGCUAUGUCAGUGACACUGAUAGGAGUGCUGGAGUGCCUUGAGGCUUGUCUCCUCCCAGAAAGCACUGUCUCGCUCGCCUGCAGCCUCAAACUGCUGAUGAUAUUGCGGGCCUUUGUCUGGCGCAGCAUAGACCUCGCACAGAAGAGAGGCAACGCCCCGGGGCGGCCGGUGCUGGAUGCGCUGCAGGCGAUGUUGGCGCGGAAGGCGUACGAUGCGUUGCAGGCCAACUUCGCACUUCGCAGCAGCGGGGAGGACGCGAAAUGGGUCACCGACAACGAGGAUCGCGCUCUAGAUGUGCUGGCUGAAGAGACCACAAUCUGCCUGCCGCCGCCGCCGGCUGUGGCCUUUGUGCAGCCUCCGAACGGCGGCUUGUGCUUCGUGGAAGAGAUGCUCGCUCGUCAGGUGGCGGGGAGCGUGAAUGCCUGGAAGGCUCUCAGCCUGAGAGAGAGGUGGGAGCGGUUGCUCUGUCCCGGCUGGAACAGCUUUGCUCCUAUCAUCGAUCGCUCCCUACUGCGGCUGCAAGGCAAAGAAAGGGAGGACGCAGCGAACCUCCUGGGACUUGAUUACGCGCACUGGUUAUCGGUGAAUAAUGGAAUAUUGGCGGCGGAUCCCGCCCUGGAAGCCACUGUACACGUGGAUGUGGUUCCAGAAGGCUACCUCCCUGAAGCAGAGUGGCCCACCCUUGCCCCGUACGAGCCAGAUGAGUCAGCGGCGGAUGCUGAUGUCAUCGAUAUCGCGCCAGAGGUCCUCGCAGCAGUGCAGGAUUCAGCGGCGGUGCUUGCAAUGGAAAAUGUGAGCUCGGCGGCGGCGGCCGGUGCAACGAGCGCCGUGGCGGAUCGGCCGGGGUUAGCCGCGUGGGUGGGGUUAGACCCCUGGGUGGCGGCUGCCGCGUCGGUCGGGGGCGCUCCCUACCCCCAGCCUGGCGCAGUGGUGACUCAACCUCCCGGUCCAGUCAGCUCGGAGCUCUCCACAGCAGCUGAGGACACAGCUGCAGCAGAAGCAGCCGCUUCUGUUUCAGUGGAGUCCCCCGCGGCAGAAGCACCAUCUGCAGGCGAGUUAGAGCAGACUCUCCCUGAGCAGCAGGCCUCCGGUGCGGCCGGAGAUAGCAGUGCAGUGGAACAAACAGCAGAUGCUGAUAGAACAGGGAAUGCAGCAGAAGAGAUAGGCGGCGCACUUGCAGAGAUCGUAUCGCCUGCAGCGCCAGUCCUCACCGAUCAGGAGCAACAGUCAGGGCGCAGUGUUGUCGGCGAUGAGUCAGCUGUUGCGCGCGCUGAUAUCAGCGAUGACACAGUCGCGAGCGGUGACUCAGCAGUGAGCAAGUCAGACGGCGCCGGCCUGCCUUCCGGCAGCGGUGAGACCGCGGUCAGCAGUCAGGAGGCGUUGUCAGGGAAGGAGGCGGUGACUCAGGGGGUCGGUGCCAGCUCACCCGCCAGCUCAGCAUCCAGUGAGUGGCUGGCGCGAUUAGUAAGCCGGCCGGUGCUGCCGACGGCGGCGGCUGCGGAGGGGGAGGCCCGGCAGGGGGGCCAGGGCAGGCAACAAUACAAGAGGGAGGGUUCGCCGUCGAACUGGCAGCAGGCGCCAAAACAGGGACGGGGCCAAAGCGUGCCCCGACCUGUCAGACGGCGCCAUGCCGUCGUGGGGAAUCUACCGUACACUGCGGGGACGUACAUGACGAAGCAGCUGCUGCCGUACGAUCAGCGCCAUUGGAAGGCGGCCGGGAUUCUGCUAUUCUCCCACGCCCCCGACGGCUCGCUGCUGCUGCUGCUGGGCAGGAUAGAAUCCGCGCAUUCCCCGGCCACCGUCAGCGGGAAAUGGCGCCGCCAGGAGGGCUGGUGGAUCCUGGGUGAGCCUGUUCCUUAUCUUUAUCUUUAUUAUUAUUAUUAUUAUUAUUAUUAUUAUUAUUAUUAUUACUGUAUUAUUAUUAUUAUUAUUAUUAUUAUUAUUAUUAUUAUUAUUAUUAUUAUUAUUAUUAUUAUUAUUAUUAUUAUUAUUAUAUGGGGCAAGAGGGACCCGACGGACUUCUGCGCGCAGGCCACGGCUGUCAGGGAGAUGACCGAAGAGACCGCGGGGAUUCUUUCGGGCUACCACGUGUGCGGGGACGAUUUGGGCGAGGUGCUGUGGUACCCGCCGGGAAGCUACGCGGUCUUCCCCUACCUGCUGCAGGGGCGGCUUGACAUUCCAAGACGUUACGCGAAGCUGCGGUCGAUGCGCGGGCGGGUGAAGGGCCGGCGGCGUUUCCGGCAGGCGGGCAAUCCCAAGCCCAUGUCCGCGCUCUCCUGGGUGCCCCUGCGCGACCUCGUUGAGGGGCGGUGCCGGCUGCACUGGAUCCUGGAGGACAUGCUGCGCCGCACGCCCCUGCUGCCCUACCUGCGCCAGAUGGAGGCCCUGGGGCCCCCCCAAUCUCCUGCCAGAGACCCCCCUCCCGCCACCACUGCGCCCCCCGCUGGCAGAUCGGGGUGGACCUACAGUGACGGCCCCGCCAGAGGAUUGCCACCUGGGCGUGCGAAUGCGCGUGCUGACUGGACGUCCGCUCCGCUGAACGGCGCUGCAAAGUCCGGCAGGGACUGGUGGGCUCCCAGUAAGGAUGCGAUGACGGCUCAUGACAUGACGGCCGAGCGACCCGGAAGCAGAUGGGAGAAAAUCGCCGUGGCGCCGAGCCUUGCCGCCCCAGCAGUAGUGGAUGCAGCGCAGAGCAACGGGGCGGCGGCGGCGGCGGCAGCCGCCCCGGAAGCUUCCCCGGCGCCGGAAGCUGACGGCCUGGUGCGGCCGCGCGCCUCCGAGCAGCAGAGCUACGCGGCAGUCGAGCGGGCAGCUAUAGAGUUCCUGAAGUCGCAAGGGAGGGAAGAGGAUGAGGAGGGAUCGCAGCGGGAGACGGCGUCGGCCGGGGAGCCGACAAAAUCACUGCUUCGGCCGUGGAAGCGGCGGCGGCCGCGGCUCAAACGAACGCAGAUGAAGCGGGUGGUGUAG